AUGACAAGACAAAAAUUAGACAGAGUAAUCAAUUUCAUAGAGGCAUUGGAUUCAUUAUUGGUGGGUGAUAGUAUUGAAUAUUUAAUAAUCGAUCAAGAAUUGGCAUGUCCUCAACAAAUGCAUCCAUAUUUUAUAGAAUCAAAAUCAUUGAUCAAAUGUUUUUCAUCAGAAUUUAUGCAAAGACGAAUGAUCAAAGAGACUCAUUGUCAAUGUAUACAUAAUAUAGAUAAUAGUAUGUCAAAAACAAUAGAUAAUCAAAUAGAUCAUCAUCAUGAUGAUGAUGUUGGUUGUAUACUUUCGAAAUACAUUCAAUCACUGAUCAUUGAAAAGGUGAUUCAUUGUCGAGGUGUUAAAGAUCAUUGUAGUAUUGAUGACGAUCAUGGUUUUCAGAUCAUAAAACCACAAAAAGCAUUAUAUCUAAUGAUCAACAAACAACUCGAAAAGAAACAACCCAAGUUUGUUACAUUGUAUCAGAUUGGUAAUAUUGCAAUGGUAUCUAAAUGGUGGAUGAAAGUGACACUACAAACUGCAACAGACUUCAAGAUAAAUGGUCAGUUACAAGAAUCAUACUUUUCAAAGACUGCUAAAUCUCUCAAAUGGAAGGUAACUGGUAAAGAAGAAGAAGGAGGAGAAGAAGACCAAGGAAUAUAUCAACCAUCAUUUUAUGGCAACUAUGAAGAAUAUGAUUAUUCUGUAUUACCCCCUCUAUUUCCACAACUACAAUCAAUCGAUAUUAUUGGAGAUAAAUUGGACAAGAAUACUAUAAUAGAUAUUGUACUAGUCAUUAACUCAUUCCCACAGAUUCAAGUUAACUUGAAUAUCACAGUUGGUAGGAUACUGGAAUGGCCAGAUAAUGUCUUCUUUCAGGGGUAUGAUCCCAUCACUGUCAUUACAACUAAAAAUGGAUCUGAUCAAUACAAUCAUUACUCAGAAUCAGGAACCGAUGAUUAUCUUCAAAUGUUAGAUGACCUGAAACCAAAACACAUUAAUAUGGCAAUUGAUAAUGGUACAAUUUAUCAUUUAGAUUACCAAUCUAUAUUAGAUCAUUUAUCAAAAACAACUCAACAUAUCAACAUUGAUAAUGAUUUUAUAGAGUUGGUUUAUUUAAAACACAUUGUAUCUGAUUCAACAUUCAAUAUUCAAUCUCUUAAAACUGGUAUAUCUCUAUGUAAAUUGGAAAUGGAAAUGAACCAAGAUGAUGGUGGCGAUGGUGAUAGAUAUGGACCAUAUUUUAAUAGUGAACCUUGUUGUAUUUUUCAACUCGAAUGUGAAGAUACACUAGGAGAUUGGGAUCAACUAUGCACUAAUCUAACCAACAAUACAACUUUUAAACAUCUUUUUUUGGAAGAUUAUCAUACAAGGAUCUCCCAAGGCCAUUCUAAACAACCAUCAAUUUCAAAUGAAAGAUUGGUAUCUUCGUUUGACCCCAUUUGGCAAUCAAACAAUACCAUUGAACUACUUGGAUUAUCAUCACUUCCAAAUAUCAUUUCACCAAUGUUUUUCUCGACUCUGUCUCUCAACCAAAGUAUAACAACUUUAAUGUUGACAUGUGGUACAUUGGUUAAAGAAUAUAUUCCAUCAUUCUGUGAAUUAUUAUUGACCAACCAAACUAUCAAGGCAUUAGAUAUAAGUGGCAACCAUUUGUCACCAAGUACAGAGUUGAACAAUGCAUUUAAACAAAACAAAUCGAUUAAACAAGAUAUAUUUGAUUCAUUAUUAGAGAGUGACACUGUUCAAUAUUUACUAAUCGAUUAUAAAAUGGCAAAUGAAUAUCAUCAACACCAAUAUUUUAAUCAAUCAAAAUCAUUGAUUAAAUGUACUCCUGGAUGGGCCGAAGUUCAAAAAUUUAAGAAGCAAGUAAAAGUAAAAGUACAAUUAUUAAAAGAUAUUACUCUACUUUACUUUAUUCUCUUUGUUCUCCUCAAUACUCUUUUUUUCUUCAAUAGUUUUACAUUUUCAUCUUUAAUACUCAACAACAAAAAUCGACUUUUUUUUAGAGCUUGCUACUCUAUAGAGAAACAACAACCUCUAUAUAUUUUACAUAUUAUACUAUACUCUAGUCAACUUAUUCAUCCUUUAAUGUUGGAUAAAUCACCUGCUGAAGAACCAACCUCUUCCAUAGAUCCACAAGCAAACAGAAAAAUAUUGGAUCCUGGUUCUAAUAUUUAUUGUAAAUGGAGAGAUUUAUAUCAUAAAUGUGAAAUUAUUGAAAGAAAAGAAUCAGAAUCACUUCCAGGUACAUAUGAUUAUUAUGUUCAUUAUCAUGAAUUUAAUCGUCGUUUGGAUGAAUGGGUUCAUGAAUCAAGAUUUGAUUUUAAUAGAAUAGAAAAUGAUCCAAAGUCUGCUCCUGCAGCUGAAGUUCAACCUGCUGAUAGUGGGCAUAGAUUAAAAAGAAAAUUAAAUGAAAAUAAUGAAGAUACGAAAUUAUCAGCAUUGGAAAAAGAACAUGAAGAAAUAACAAAAGUAAAGAAUAUUAAUGUGGUUGAAUUGGGACGAUAUGAAAUAGAUACUUGGUACUUUUCACCAUACCCAGAAGAAUUUGCCAAAUGUGAAAAAUUGUAUCUAUGUGAAUUUUGUCUCAAAUAUAUGAAAAAGAAAACAACACUCAAUCGACAUAAACUCAAAUGUCAUCUACGUCAUCCACCUGGUAAUGAAAUCUAUCGUAAUCAAUCAAUAUCAAUGUUUGAAGUUGAUGAUCAUAAAACACUCUACUAUGACGUUGAACCAUUCCUCUUUUAUGUAAUGACCGAAUGUGAUUCACGUGGUUGUCAUAUGGUUGGAUACUUUUCCAAAGAAAAAGAUUCACCCGAUGGUUACAAUUUAGCUUGUAUCCUAACAUUACCACCCUAUCAAAGAAAAGGUUAUGGUAAAUUAUUAAUUUCAUUUUCAUAUGAAUUAUCAAAAAAAGAAAAUAAAGUAGGAACACCAGAGAAACCAUUAUCAGAUUUGGGAUUGUUAUCAUAUCGUUCUUAUUGGGCUCAAGUAUUAUUGGAGAUUUUAAGAAAACAAAAAUUGGUCAGUUUAUCAAUCACUGACAUUUCCAACAUGACGUCAAUUCGAACAGAAGAUAUUAUCAGUACAUUACAAUCACUCAAUCUUAUUCGUUAUUGGAAAGGUCAACACAUUAUAUCAGCAACACCCAAAGCAAUUGAAGAACAUCUCAAAGCAUACUCUAAACAAUCAACUAGAAUUGAACCAAAAUGUAUUCAUUGGGCUCCAAUGAAUCCACCUUCAACAAAAAGAAGAUAA